GGGAGGCGGGUCGAUCAGUUAAUAGGCGACGUCACGUGAUUCGGCAUGGAGGCGGUGGCCGAGGCGACCAGCCUCCUUCCCCUCAGGAGUCGGCGGCAGCGGCGCUGCUGCUAGUGGCAGACGACGGGCGGCGGCGACGACGACGACGGCGUCGGGCUGGGUCUGGCUGAGGCAGGCAGGGCCCGGGCGAGUGAGGGCAAGGAGGAGGCAGCGGCGUCGACGUUCGCCAUGGACUGAGGGUGACGCGAUGGGCAACAAGGAGUCUCGCAUUGGCUUCCUCACCUACGACGAGGCCCUGAGGAGAGUGACGGAUAUAGAACUGAAGCGGCUGAAGGAUGCCUUCAAGCGAACUUGUGGCCUCUCCUGCUACAUGAGCCAGCAAUGCUUCAUCCGGGAAGUGCUGGGAGACGGAGUGCCUCCCAAGGUGGCCGAGGUCAUUUACUGCUCUUUUGGCGGCACCUGCAAAGGACUGCAUUUCAAUAACCUGAUUGUGGGCUUGGUCCUGCUGACGAGGGGCCAAGAUGAAGAGAAGACGAAAUACAUUUUCAGCCUGUUCUCAAAUGAAUCCGGGAGCUAUGUUGUCCGCGAAGAGAUGGAGAAGAUGCUUCAGCUGGUGGAUGGGAAAGUCCCGGAAACCCUCAAGAUUUGCUUCUUGGAGGGUGAAAAGGUCAACUAUGAGAAAUUCAGGAACUGGCUGUUGCACAACAACGAAGCUUUCACGUUUACGCGCUGGCUGUUGUCCGGGAGGGCAUACGUGACGCUCACGGACGACAGUGACACCCCCACCUUCUACCAAACGCUCGCUGGAGUCACGCACUUGGAAGAAUCAGAUAUCAUUGAUCUUGAAAAGCGCUAUUGGCUUCUGAAGGCUCAAUCAAGAACAGGCCGCUUUGAUCUGGAAACGUUUGUCCCUCUGGUGUCUCCUCCCAUUCACUCAUCGCUGGGCGAAGGGCUGUUCAACGCCUUUGACGAAAACCGCGACAAUCACAUCGACUUCAAGGAGAUCUCCUGCGGACUGUCGGCCUGCUGCCGGGGUCCUCUGGCCGAGCGGCAGAAAUUUUGCUUCAAGGUUUUUGAUAUUGACCGAGACGGGGUUUUAUCUCGCGUGGAACUGGAAGAAAUGGUUGUGGCCCUUUUAGAAGUCUGGAAAGAUAAUCGUACUGACGACAUUCCUGAAUUACACAUGAAUCUGCCGGACGUUGUAGAAGAAGUUUUGAAGGCCCACGAUACUACCAAGCUGGGCCACCUGUCUCUGGAGGAUUACCAGAUCUGGAGCGUGAAGAGUGCUCUUGCCCAUGAAUUUCUCAAUCUCCUUUUCCAGGUGUGCCACAUAGUCUUAGGUUUACAACCUGCUACUCCAGAAGAGGAAGGACAAAUCAUCAGGGGCUGGUUGGAACGAGAAAGCAGGUAUGGCCUUCAGCCAGGGCACAACUGGUUUCUGAUUGCGACGCAGUGGUGGCAGCAGUGGAAAGACUAUGUCAAAUACGACACUCGCCCUGUUGUGAUAGAACCUUCAUCGGUCUUAAAUGGAGGUAAGAAUUCCCUCCUGGCUCCUGCCACCUGUACGUCAGAACAGGGAGAAGACAAAACAGGCAGUUUAAAUUACUUCAGUGCCACAGAAGAAAAGUUUUCAGAUAACAUUUCUACUGCAUCCGAAGCCUCAGAGACCACUAGCAGCAAUUCUCUGUACGCCACCACUCCCAGCAGCGACAUAUGUUUACCCCAGCAGCUUAACUCUUCCGAUAACAACAACCAGUGUCUGUUUGGAGCGAAUGGCAACAUAUUACUGCAGCUCAGCCCCCAGCGGCCUGGAGCCAUCGACAACCAGCCCCUCGUCACCCAAGACCCGGUGAAGGCUCCAUCGCUAACUAUGGAAGGCGGCCGGCUGAGGCAGUCUCCCCAGUUAUUCCAGGGGAAGAAUUAUGAGAUUGUCCCCGAACCGGUAUGGAGGGCCCUUUUCCACUGGUACGGCGCAAACCUCUCUCUGCCGAGACCAGUGAUUUGCAACAUGGAGACGACCCUGCCGGAAAUGGAGCUCUUCCCCUGCUAUCUCCUCUUCCUGAGGCAACAGCUUGCCACCCGGACGCAGCAGUCCAACGUCUGGGUGAACAUGGGGAACGUGCCGUCCCCCAACGCUCCCUUGAAGAGGGUCCUGGCCUACACCGGCUGCUUCAGUCGCAUGCAGACCAUCAAGGAGAUCCACGAGUAUCUCUCACAGAGGCUGCGGAUCAAGGAAGAGGACAUGCGCUUGUGGCUGUAUAACAGCGAGAACUACCUGACUCUCUUGGACGAUGAAGAUCACACACUGGAAUAUCUGAGCAUCAAGGAUGAACAGCACUUGAUCAUAGAAGUUCGAAACAAAGACAUGAGUUGGCCAGAGGAGAUGUCCUUCAUUGCAAACAGUAGUAAAAUCGACAGGCACAAGGUGCCUACGGAGAAAGGAGCCACUGGUUUGAGCAACCUGGGCAACACCUGCUUCAUGAACUCCAGCAUCCAGUGCGUCAGUAACACGCAGCCUCUCACGCAGUAUUUCAUCUCGGGCAGACACCUGUAUGAGCUGAACAGGACAAAUCCAAUCGGAAUGAAGGGACAUAUGGCCAAAUGCUAUGGGGAUUUGAUUCAAGAGCUAUGGAGUGGCACUCAAAAGAACAUUGCUCCUUUAAAGCUACGGUGGACGAUAGCAAAAUAUGCCCCUAGAUUCAACGGCUUCCAGCAGCAAGACUCGCAGGAAUUGCUGGCGUUCCUUCUGGACGGGCUCCAUGAGGAUUUGAACCGCGUACACGAUAAGCCAUACGUGGAGCUGAAAGACAGUGACGGCCGGCCGGACUGGGAAGUUGCAGCAGAGGCCUGGGAAAACCAUCUGAGGAGGAACCGCUCCGUUGUGGUGGAUCUGUUCCAUGGGCAGCUGAGGUCGCAAGUCAAGUGCAAAACUUGUGGGCAUGUCAGUGUGCGCUUUGACCCAUUCAAUUUUUUGUCUUUGCCCCUCCCGAUGGACAGCUGCAUGCACUUAGAAAUCACAGUAAUUAAGCUCGACGGUGGCACUCCGAUCCGAUACGGACUGAGGCUGAAUAUGGAUGAGAAGUACACCGGCUUGAAGAAGCAGCUCAGCGAUCUUUGCGUGCUGAAGCCGGAGCAGAUCCUGCUGGCCGAAGUGCACAGCUCCAACAUCAAGAACUUCCCUCAAGACAACCAGAAGGUCCGGCUCUCCGGGAAUGGCUUUUUGUGUGCAUUCGAGAUCCCGACCCCCGGAUCCCCCACCUCGGCUUCUCUGAGCCCCGUGCAAACAGAUUUCUGCAGCGGGCCGUCGGCCAACGGGAUGCUCAACGUGCUGAUGAAUGGCGACCUUCCCCGGCCAACCCUAAUCCCCAAUGGGAUGCCAAACACGGUGGUCCCGUGCAGGAUGGAGAACAGCCUCUCCAACAGCAUGCUGAACGGCCACGUGACAUCGCCCCCGGAUGGCCCCUUCACGGGCUACAUCAUCGCAGUCCACCGGAAGAUGAUGCGGACAGAGCUGUACUUCCUUUCGUCCCAGAAGAAUCGGCCCAGCCUCUUUGGCAUGCCGCUGAUUGUCCCUUGCACCGUCCACACGCGGAAGAAAGACUUGUACGAUGCGGUCUGGAUCCAAGUGUCCCGGCUGGCAAGCCCCCUCCCUCCUCAGGAAGCCAGUAACCAUGCUCAGGACUGUGACGACAGCAUGGGGUACCAGUACCCGUUCACCCUGCGGGUGGUCCAGAAGGACGGCAACUCCUGUGCUUGGUGCCCGUGGUACAGGUUUUGCCGAGGCUGCACAAUUGCCUGCACGGAAGACCAAGCUUCCAUUGGGAAUGCCAACAUUGCUGUCGACUGGGACCCCACCGCCCUUCAUCUCCGCUACCAGACGUCGCAGGAACGGAUCAUCGAGGAGCACAGAAGCGUCGAGCAGAGCCGGCGGGCUCAGGCCGAGCCAAUCAACCUGGACAGCUGCUUACGGGCCUUCACCAACGAGGAGGAGCUGGGCGAGGAUGAGAUGUACUACUGCUCCAAGUGCAAGACCCACUGCCUGGCCACCAAGAAGCUGGACCUGUGGCGGCUUCCCCCUAUCCUGAUAAUCCACUUGAAGCGCUUCCAGUUUGUCAACGGCCGCUGGAUAAAAUCCCAGAAAAUCGUCAAGUUUCCCCGAGAGAGUUUCGACCCGAGUGCCUUCCUGGUGCCAAGAGAUCCGAGCCUCUGGCCGCCAAAGCUGCUGACUCCCCAAGCUGAGGACCUUUCUGAGCCCCAGGUUCUGCAAGAGGAAUGGAGGCGGACAGAGGUGCUGGUGGCCGGGGAGGGUGAUGUGUUGACCAGGAGCCCCUCCUCCCUCAGCGCCUCGAACAUCUUGAAUGAUAUCAAAGCGCCACCCUCGCCUGGGAGGAAAUGCACGCCCGGCUGCCCAUCGAGCCGCAACGUCAGCCCCACCAGCAGCCCCCGGACUUUGGGUCGAGGGAAGGGGCGGCGGCGGCUGCCCCAGUUAUGCAAAAGCAAACUCUCCAGCAGCAAAGAGAAUUUGGACACCGCUUGCCGGGAGACUGGGAUGGAACUGGACCUCAGAGUGGCUCCCGAGCCAGGGGACGGCUUGGGCCGGGGGCAGGCGCUGGGGGGCAGUCAGGGGGAGCUGUGUGCGGCUUCUCAGGAGGGCGAGGGGACUUUUGCCGAUGGGGGGCUUUGCAAACAGGACUCGCACAGCAACGGCGGCCUCAGCACUCAGCUGGAGAGCCGCGGCGGGAAGGAGGAGACGGCGGACGGCCACGGAGGAGAAGUCUGCGGCGGGAACCCCAUCUACAACCUCUAUGCAAUUUCGUGCCAUUCAGGAAUCAUGGGCGGAGGUCAUUACGUCACAUAUGCCAAAAACCCCAACGACAAGUGGUACUGUUACAACGACAGCAGCUGUAAGGAAUUGCAUCCCGAUGAGAUCGACACAGACUCCGCCUACAUCCUUUUCUACGAACAGCAGGAGGUGGACUAUGCACAAUUUCUGCCAAAGAUUGAUGGGAAGAACAUGGCGGACACGAGCAGCAUGGACGAAGACUUUGAGUCAGACUACAAGAAGUACUGUGUCCUGCAGUGAGCGAGACGGGCUUCCGUGGGGCCUUGCCGAAUCGCCUUGGCUUGCCCAGAGGCAGCUGUAGCUGAGCGGAUGAGCUAGGUGUCAUUUUUAUUUUCCUCUUGUGAUCUGAAAGCACAACUAGAAAGAGAGAAAAAAACCAACCCUAAUUAAAUAGAAGUUCACAUCACGAGAUAGUAUUGUUUCUGUUCGGAUCCCUCGGUACGUGCCCCAAAAACAUUGGCUGGAUUCUUUGGUUUUCUUUUUUGCCUUCAGCCUUUAAACUGGUUUGGCAUAAGCAAACUAGGACCAAGAGAGCUUAAAAUCGAAAUAAUUCACAUGAGAGCUGACCUGGAGUCGUAAUAUCAGCUUUUUACAAAUUACUCUUUGGGGAAAGGGAAACAAACAUAAAAACCCUUGAAGGCUCUCUUCUGAUUAAAAACGAUUCACGUGUAGUGUCGUCUGCAGACACGAAGCUUCUACCUCAUUUUUCUGAAGUUUGAUUCCACUUUAAUGGCGAGCUAGGAAGAGUGAAGAUCUGUCACGUGCACAAAAGCAGACAUGACAGCUAGGGAACGCCCCCUUCCAAUGUGUAACCCCUCUGGCCACUGCCUUGGCUUAGGAUUCUCUCUCUGGGCAAUGAUCGCCUCAUAUCGGCUGAUAGCCUUUCGUGGCGUUGCCUUGGCCUCUCGGCUGCCUGCUGUGUUUUCAGGAUGGCUUGAAGGAACUUGUCGGUCCUUACAUGCUUGAGAUCUUGAAGUUGAGGCCACACCAGACUGUGCGGUGAGGAGACAGGUACUUGCCUUCCCUUACCCCAGUUUGAGUGUCCGGGGCUGAGUGAGGGCCUGUAUUGUGCAAUCUGGGAGCCCGCAAGUGAGCUGGGUUUUCCCUUCUGGCUUCGGGUCAGGCUGUGUGCACUAAUCUUUUCUUCUGGCAUCAGAGUCAGAGAUUCACCUGAAACCUUUGUGUGAUGCCAGAGCACAUCUUUCCCCCCCUCCCCCACCUUUAAAAUUUUGUACAAAACCCAGAAGCUCGCUCUUAGCUCUCAAGGCUGAUGCAGACAUAAUGCUGGCAUGUGGGAAACGUGGUUAUGAGACGGGGGGGGGGGGCAUGGGAUCUCAUCACUGUAAGUUCUCCAACUUGAGCCCUCAGAUAUUGCAGGACUACAACUCCCAUCAUCCCCAGCCACAGUGGCCUUUGACUGUUGGGGCGGGGGAUGACAGGGGUUGCAGUCCAGCAGCAGUUGGGACCCCAAGUUGGUGAACGCCUGCUCUAAGCGAAGCGAAAUCAUCUUCAUAUCCGGGCCAGUUUUAACAAGGCUAACAGGGAUUUUAAGGCUAGUGGGGAUUUUUUUCCCAGACCAGGGGCAGUGCCAGAUCCACAGUCCACUCCUGAUCUCUCCACUGAGGUUUAAGGACAUGCCAGCAUUACACGGGCAGCAGACCUGAGGAGGAAGAAGAAAAUCCUCAUGUGUGACCAGUGAACGUUUGCUGUUCUUGUGUUUUUAAUUGCACUUUAAAAGGGGGAAAAAAUUAAAGGAAAGAAUAACCACCACUCAAGCACAGCUCAUUUUCUUGCUGUAACGGCUUUUGCCCUGAAAGGAGGGGUGUCCUCUCCAUCUCAGGAGCAAGGCAUGGUGUCAGGGGGGCAGCUGUGAUCAUCUCAAAUGUUAUCCAAUCAAAACUGAGCUGGCCAGUGUAUGUGUCCUGGGAAGGGAAAUGGUGUUCGUUUCUUACUGUGCGAACAUAGGUAUUGGUUUGCAACCCACACCAAAUUUAUAUUUGUCAGCUCCGCUGCCGUGCUGAUAAAUCUGUGAGCGGUUUCCACAGAACAGCUGCUUCUCUGGGAGCUCCUUAUGGAGGCGGAGAUGCCAACGAAGUUGCAUGGCCACUUCCAUUGGCCCGGAAAGAUCCGCAGAGGGGCUGCGGAGUGAAUUCCUGCUCACUCGUUCCCAGGGAUCCAAAAGCCCAUGCAGGCAACCGGUUCUGAUAUUCUGAGGAAGCCUUGGGGAGUAGCUGGACACGGAUUUCCCUGUUCUCCCCGAACCCCCUCUUCCAAAGCAGCUUCUCAAAUGAGAUUACUCGCGAGCAAGUUAAUACGGCAGGGUUCGUUCUUUUGUAGCGCGUUGGAGUGAGCAGCUGGCUUCAGGACUGAGGCUUUAUUUUUAAAAACUGGAAUAAGGGCGUGGUUCUCACCGAGGCAAUCAGCCUGUGUCUGGACUGUGCCAUGUCAGACUGUACACAGGCUCUCAUCACUGGAUGUGGCUCCAUGCAAAACCAGACUAAACACUUUUUUUAAAAAAACCACUAAUUUGUUAUGAAGAAGGCUAGGUUGGAACCCUCAUUCGAUCUAGGUUCUUGAGACAAUGUUUUUUAAAAAUUAUUAUUAUUAUUUUAUUUUUGAGGAUCCUUCAGUCAUGUGAACCCUUCCUUGCCGUCUAAGUGGUCCAGUCCAGACACAGGCUCAGCCACCAGAGUGAGAACUUGACUUAAGCUAGACUAUUUAUUUAAAUGUAUGCUUCCCCCAGCCCCACCACACCCCCAAAGCGAAGACAUACAGUUUUGUGGCAAAGGUUUUUCUCUCCAGUCUCCUCUUUGACUGAGUUUCAUCGUUUACAGGCUUUUAAAAAGUGAGUUUCUCUUUAAACCUGCACCGUUUGGAAGCAGAUUUCACGCCACACUGUUAGCUGCGUUUCUCAACAUGCUUGCGAGGAUGGAAUUCCACUGUGAUCCCACCAGAUCUUUAUAGACCGGUGUAUGUUGAGGGAUUUCAGUGUCUGAUAAUUCCCCUGACAUCUAGUUUGCAGUUUUUGGAGCCCAGGGUGCACUCUUAGUAGUCCAUAUAUGAUGGAGGGCUGAGCACGCACCCCGUCACCCCACCACCUCCGUAAUGCGUGGUAUCGGCAUUUCGGGUUGGGGCCUUUGCUCACAAAGCUGUGUUGGUGUGAAAACUUGCUCCUCCACCCCACAAAUAAGGGGAAGGAUGAUUGGCAUCACUUGGGCCUUGUCCUCGACAUAGAACCCCCAUAUCAGACACCGCAUUAUGGGUGGGGUGUGGGGGUCAGAGUGCGUGCACACACCCCAGUCCUUGGGAGCUGCAGAUUUAGACCAGCCUGUGAAUUGGACCUUAGAAAAGGCACCAGGGCAGUUCACAGGAUUGACAUCAGGGCCGGAGAACCGUCCCUGACUUGGGAGCUGGCGCGUUCCCAAUUUGUGAUCAUGUGUUAGAUAAAAAUAAGGUUGGUGUUGGGGAGCCUGAUUAUCAAUUAAGCCUGAGCUCGGUUGGAUUAUUUCUACCGUUCUGCAUACAGAACCCCCCAAGCAGGGUGUGCUUGUUCUUCUAGCUGGAGCUUGACUGACUAUUGUGCUCCUCGCCACAGCCUUGUUUUUAUCUAACACAUGAUCGGAAAUCUCAAGUGCGCCCGGCUCUUGAAUUAGGGUCAGGGGGCUUCUCCUGCCCCUCAUGAUGAUCGUCUGAACUGCCCUAAUGUGUGUGUUGCUUUCAGAAGGUAAAUCUGGCCUCCUUUCAGGCACCGUUCCGUCUCGCAAUGGACACACCAUGCCCCAAGCCAGGUCAUUUCUAAUGCAGGUUAGAAAAUUUCUAAUUAGAGAAUUUCUAAUGCAGGUUAGAGAAUUUCUAAUGCAGGUUUGCCAAAGGGGUGCCCAUGUACAGGAAUUUCUAAUGCAGGUUAGAGAAUUUCUAAUGCAGGUUUGCCAAAGGGGUACCCAUGUACUGAGCAGCUGGUGCAAACCUCGUGCAUUUCACCGUGAAUUGGUGGGAAUUGUGCUCAUGAUGCUUUGGUCCAAAGUCGUCAUCUUCUGCCCUACAGUGGUGUGGGUGGAGAAAAGAAAAUUUUGUUUUGUUUUUUGAAAGUAGGAUUUUUUGAUUCAGGACAAAGAGAUCCCCCACCCUACCCCCACAUCUUUCUGCAAACUUUAACCCACCAACCCACCCCAAAAUAUUUUUUAAAAAAUUCAAUUCAUUUCAAAAGGCUUGCUUUAUUUUUUGUUUGUUUAACCAGGUAGCACGAUCUCCUGUUGUCAUUUUAAUCUGUCAUGCUUUUGUUACAUUGGUUGUAAUUAUUAUUUUUUUUACAAGAUUAAUUCCUAAAUUUAACAGGAAAAUUUAUUAAGUUAACUCUUAACCACAUUCACUUUGUAAAUUAUUGUAUAAAACUUAUUGACAAUGCACUGAAUUUAGAAAGACAAUGUACAUAAGUACUGUGUAAAUAAUUUUAAAAAGAAAAAGUAUUAAUGUAUUGGGAUAUGAACUUAUAAAAAAAGAAAAAAGUCCAAGUAACUGUAUAUUGAGUGAACCCGUUUAUCUGUAACUAUAUUAUCCGAAUUAAAUUCUGUGGAUGCA